AUGGAGGAGGGCGGCCGCAGCCCCCGGGAGGAGGCGGCCGAACCGCAGGAGUCCGGCGGAGACGCGGAACCCGGCGGAGGGCGUCGGGCUCUGCUGCUGCCACCCGGCGAUCCCCCGCAUCCCCACCCGCACCCUCACCGCAUCACCAACUUCUUCAUCGACAACAUCCUGAGGCCCGAGUUCGGUCGGAGGAAGGAAGCGGGAGGAACCGCCGGAGAACCCCGAAGGCCCGGAGCGGAGAGCAGGAGGAGCCCCGCGGUCGCCGCGCCCGCUCCCGGAGCUCCGGUGCCCGGCGGAGGAGGAGGAGGAGGAGGCGGCGGGGGGGGAUCGCCGGGCCGAGGGGAGGGCGGCCCCGCCGCUCUGGCCCUGCACGGAGCGGCCAAGAAGGGGGGAGACCCCGCGGCUCUGGAGGCGGCCCUGAAAGCGAGGGGGCUGAGCGGCGCGGAGCUGUCGGUGAGCUCGGACUCGGAUAGCUCCCAGGCCGGCUCCAACGCCGGGAAUCAACCCAUGCUUUGGCCCGCUUGGGUGUACUGCACGCGGUACUCGGACCGACCGUCUUCAGGUCCCCGCUCCCGCAAACCAAAGAAGAAGAACCCCAACAAGGAGGACAAGCGGCCCCGCACCGCCUUCACGGCCGAGCAGCUGCAGAGACUCAAGGCCGAGUUCCAGACGAACCGCUACCUGACGGAGCAGCGACGGCAGAGCUUGGCCCAGGAGCUCGGACUCAACGAGUCCCAGAUCAAGAUCUGGUUCCAGAACAAGAGAGCCAAGAUCAAGAAGGCGACGGGCAGCAAGAACUCGCUGGCGGUUCAUCUCAUGGCCCAGGGGCUCUACAACCACUCCACCACGGCGAAAGACGGCAAGUCGGACAGCGAAUAG